AUGCUUUCAAAAAAAGAUGUCAUUUCUAAAGUAUAUAAUCACAUUUCCGAUGAACAAAGCAAUAAUUUAAAGAAAGAUGAAAUCUACAAAUUUCCUACAGCAAGACCUAGUUCUUUCAAAUAUUCUUUCAAGCCGCCCCAGACACAUAAUAUGGUUAUAUCUUUAUUCGAUCCGAGACUUAAAAAAUCUUUCCUAGAAUGCUUUAUUGUUUUAAUUAUUUUUUCAAACUUUUACUUUGCGUACAUCUUAGUCAAUAAUUAUGGGCGAGAAUUGACCAGAAACUUUUUCCUUAUCCAAUACAUUAUUUGGAGACUGUCAUAUAAUUUUGGUAUAGGGUCUAUUUUAUAUUUUCAGUCAAAAAAUGAGUUUCUAACAAUCUUUGCCAAAAAGAGACAUUUGUUCAAAUCUGACAAUACAAGUUACCUCAGUAGAUUUUCAAAGUUUGAAAUAAAUAGUAAAAUGCCUAAGGAUUACAUUAUUGAAAACUAUCAUCACGAGGUAUAUAUAGGUUUCUAA